CUUUCCCUGUUAGUUUCUGUCACGCGUGUCACGGCAGUCAUCUGAGCUGCAGGCGGUCCGCGGGUGACCCGAGCAGCACCUUCCACUCUAUUCCUAUUCACUAAUCACCCUCCCCGCCGUGUGCACACGCUGCGCGCCCCCGGGACCCGUCUCUAUGACAAGACUGCUGGUUAGAAAGCGCUGUCCAUCAUAUUGCGCGCAGCUGGCGACAUGGAAGCCAAAAGCAGUGCCGGGCUCCAGCCCGGGGGAGACACCUUCUAUUACUUUGCGUACGGGAGCAACCUGUUAAAAGAGCGGAUCCUGCUGGACAACCCGACGGCAUCCUUCCACUCCGUAGCGUUGCUGAAGAAUUUCAAGCUUGCUUUUGGCAGCCACAUGGGCAACAAGAACUCCAGAUGGCAUGGAGGAGUGGCUACUGUAGUUGAGAGUGAAGGAGAAGAGGUCUGGGGAGUUGUGUGGAAAAUGAAUAUUUCUAGUUUGAAUUCUCUGGACAUACAAGAGGGUGUUCAAGAAGGCAUUUAUGAACCAAUAGAGAUUAACGUCAAGACAGCAACAGGAGAUCUCACCUGUCGCUGCUAUCAAAUGAACAAGUGUGUUUAUGGACUCACUUCCCCCCAGUAUAAACAGGUCAUGUGUAUGGGAGCAAAGCAGAACGAUUUACCACCACAAUACCGGAAGAUGCUGGAAGACAUAGAAACCAACAAUUAUUCAGGCCCUAUACCCAUCAUGGAGAAGUUAAAAGAUGCAAUCAGCAGAAUACAUAAUGAGGGAUCACGCAACGUAUAAUGGCAAGCUUUAAUGGAAACCCCAAACAGAUCUUUACAUUUGGACUUUUUGAGAAUCUAGGACAAUGAUCAUAGCUGAUGCAAACCUUUUUUAAUACCACAAUCCAAUUUUAUAAUAUCAUAGAAACAUAAGACAUCAUUCUAACCCCCGUAACACUUUCGAAAAUUACAAAAUCUGUUAUUACC